GACAGAAGAUACUGAAGAACAUUUUGAAAGCUUGAGCAGUAUAGAACCACAGCCAACACAAUUUGAAAUGGAACCAGAAACUAAAAAUAACCAGAGAGAGCUAAGCAUGGAGGGUAGCAGGGGCCAGAUGGUAGAGGGGAUGUGCCUUAAGCCUCAAGAUCAAGAAACUCCUAUUCAAGGGAAGUUUGAUGUAACAAUGAAAGAAUUGUCAAAGGAUGAUGGCCCAGACCAUGUUCAGAAAAAAGAAAACCAGAAUACAAAAAGGCCCUUAAGGAAACCAAUACCUAAGCGAUCAUGGACCACUGAAGAAAAGGAUGCAGUGAUGACUUUCUUCCAUUUGGCGAUCCAAAAACGUGUGGUUCCAGGAAAAAAAGAGUGCGAACAGUGCAUCAGGCAGAACUCGGCUUUGGAUCGUCGCUCUUGGCGCGACAUUAAGUACUACAUCCACAAUUACUACAAGAAAAUUACUACUUAUUUGUCAUGCAGCAACAAUAAAAAGAAAAGGUCUUUAAAAAGGCAGUUUCCUGUUACAAUCGAAGAAUCCUCAAAGGAAGAUUCUGAUGACUCACACCAUCCCCAGAAAAAAGACCAAAAGAAGACAAAAAGGCCCAAACCUAAUGGACCUCUAAAGGAAAAUAUUUUACACUAUCAUAAAACAAACUUUUAUUUUGGCAAGAGAUUUGAGCCCUGCACAGAUCCGCUAAGUUUUGGAACUAUUGAAGCCAAUCAAGAUUAUGUCAAAGGAGGUUCAAGAAAUUUUGGUCCUUGUGCAUCGUUCAAAAGUGAUAUUUUCAUUAAUACAGAUGUGGAUUCUUAUAACAGCGAAGUUGUAACAAAGAAAGAGCUGAACGUGGAAUAUGAAGAAAUACACAUUGAAGAUGACCAUUCAAAAAUAUUUAGUGUUGGUCCUAAGAAUGGUUCUAAACAAGAAUUAUUGUUGACAAAAGAUACUGAAGAACAUUUUGAAAGCUUGAGCAGUAUAGAACCACAGCCAACACAAUUUGAAAUGGAACCAGAAACUAAAAAUAACCAGAGAGAGCUAAGCAUGGAGGGUAGCAGGGACCAGAUGAUAGAGGGGACGUGCCUUAAGCCUCAAGAACAAGAAACUCCUAUUCAAGGAAGGAAUCCAUGGAUUGAGAGACCAGUUGAAUACAUUAACCCCGAUGGAACACUAAAGAAGACUAAAUCAACAUUUCAUUUAUUCAAAAUUCUUAAACCACAAUCACUUAGCAAACCACCCCUUUUGGAACAUGUUGGGAUUAUACUACCAAGCAAUACCAAUGAUACAAAUCUUAUAAGCAAAGAAAAAACUACCACAAAUUACGAGGAAUUCAUCACAGCUGAGUCAGUUGAUGAAUAUAUACAGUCACAAGAGAAAAAUGAACUGGUCUCAGAUACUGUUGAACAUGAUGUUAACCAAUCACUUGAGAAAAAUGAACUGGUCUCAGAUACUGUUGACCAUGAUGUUAACCAAUCACAUGAAAAAAAUGAACUGGUCUUAGAUACUGUUGAACAUGAUGUUAACCAAUCACUUGAGAAAAAUGAACUGGUCUCAGAUACUGUUGACCAUGAUGUUAACCAAUCACAUGAGAAAAAUGAACUGGUCUCAGAUACUGUUGACCAUGAUGUUAACCAAUCACAUGAGAAAAAUGAACUGGUCUUAGAUACUGUUGAACAUGAUGUUAACCAAUCACUUGAGAAAAAUGAACUGGUCUCAGAUACUGUUGACCAUGAUGUUAACCAAUCACAUGAGAAAAAUGAACUGGUCUCAGAUACUGUUGACCAUGAUGUUAACCAAUCACUUGAGAAAAAUGAACUGGUCUUAGAUUCAAUUAAAGAUUAUAUUGUUAUGAAUAAGCCCAAGUGCAAUAACCAGUCAGACGAGACAACAACGUCUGUUGAAGAUAAAGACUUAAAUGUCGUAAAUGAACAAAAUAAACUUAGUUUAAAAGAAAGACAAUCUAAUAAGGAAAAAGGAAAUGAAAAGCAAACAGGAAUUGUUGGAAAUGAAGUAAAAAAGAAUGAUAGAGGAAAGGUAAUAAGAGUCGGUCACUGUUGCAUGUUUUGUUAUAAAGUAAUGAACAAAUUACACAGACAUUUUCAAGUUAAACAUAGCACAGAAAUUGAGGUAGCCAAAUUGUUGGCCAUGCCGAUAAACUCUCUUAUUAGGAGAAAUGGAUUUAUAGAUUUGGCUAGAAUCGGUGAUUACCAUCACAACAUUGAAGUGUUAUCAAAGAGAUCUGGUAAAUUGAUCGUUGUCCGUCGGCCUAAUCUGGGAGAGGAUUUUUCUUAUAGAAAAUACACACCGUGUCCUUACUGUUUAGGAUUCUUACUGAAAAAGCAUCUUUGGUUACACGUUAAGCAUUCAUGCAAUGUUAGGAGAGAAAAAUCACAUGAAGAACCAUCAGCUAAAGAGCGAAGAAGAGUUCAAGCUGAUAGUCGAGUUUUGUUGAUGAGUUCUCUAAAACGAAAUCACAACCAGCCAGCAAUUUUUAAUGAAAAUAUCUUAAAACCUAUGAAGGAUGAUAAAGUAACAGAGACAUGUAAAAAUGACCCCCUCAUACUAAAACUAGGCAAUUCACAAUUUGAAAAGUAUGGAUUAACCAAACACGAAUCAAUAAGACAAGAAAUGAGACAGUUGGGACGGCUUCUACUAACACUAAGAGAAUUAUCAGGGGGUGGAGAUAAAACUUUAAAAGAUUGGCUUGAACCAUUUGAGAUUGAUAAUUUGGUAGCUGCAGUGAAACAAAUGUGUAUCAAAAUUGAUUCAGAAAAUCAAACAUUACAUCCUCAGUAUAAAAUUCCUCCCUUGGCUGUUAAAUUAAGACUCAGUUUGAGGAGAUGUAUCACUAUUGAGCGAGGCGAGGCCUUAAGAGAUUGUAAUAAAUCAAAGAGUGAAUCUUUAAAAGAUUUUCUAGAUUUAAUGGAAACGCAGUGGUCUAUACAAUUUGCUUCGAUUUUAAUUGACAAGUCACAAGAAUCCAACAAAGUAGUUGAUGCAAAUUCAGAACAUAAUCUCAAUGCAGAAACUUUAAGUGUUGGAAAAGACAUACCAGCUCAAGUAGAAAAGCUGGCAAAACAUGGACACAAUAAGGAGAAAAUUUCUUUAAAAAAGCCAACACUUAAGCGACCUUGGACCACUGAAGAAAAGGAUGCAGUGAUGACUUUCUUCCAUUUGGCGAUCGAAAAGCAAGUCAUUCCAGGAAAAAAAGAGUGUGAACAGUGUAUAAGGCAGAACUCUGCUUUGGAACGUCGCUCUUGGCGCGACAUUAAGUACUACAUCCACAAUUACUGCAAUAAAAUCAAGAAAAUGACUACUAAUUUGUCAUCCAGUAAAAACAAAAAGAAAAGGUCUUUAAAAAGGAAGUCUGAUAAAAAAGUUAAAAAAUCGUCGAAGGACGAUUCUGAUGAUCCGGACUAUGUCCAGAAAGAAGAACGCAAGAAGACAAAAAGGCCCUUGAAGAAACCAACACUUAAGCGACCUUGGACACCUGAAGAAAAGGAUGCAGUGAUAACUUUUUUCCAUAUGGCGAUCAAAAAACGUGUGGUUCCAGGAAAAGACGAGUGCGAACAAUGCAUCAGGCAGAAUUCAGCUUUGGAACGCCGCUCUUGGCGCGAUGUUAAGUACUACGUUUACAACAACUGCAGAAAGUCAAGAAAAUGACAUUCAUUUUGUCACAACCUAAAGUAAACGAAUGCAGUGAUAAUACUUCUGAUAGUUAAUAUUAAGAAUAUGUCAUAAAAUAAUAUUUUCUGAAAGAAGGGUGCCAAAUCUUGGCUUUGCUUUUAAUUGAUUGUAAUGAAGAUAAAAAACCAAUAUUUUUUUAAUAAGAAUAUUGCAUUUUACAUUUAAACUGUCAGCCCCUUAAGGGUUAUUUGUUCAUUAGGAUUGGUUUCAAUUGUCCAUCUAACUAGAAAUAUCUGUAUUUAGGUAACUUGAUUAUAAUAUUGUUGACCGCAAGAUUAUACAAUCAAAUAAGAGUAUUUCAUCACUAGGGCGUAAAAUGACUCUUUUUGACCCAAAUUUACCUUGGUCGGAAAGUGAGCGAGGGUUGAAAAGACACUUCGUCUGUGUGAUGAACCCUAUUUUAUGUCAUUUUGCAUAAUCAAAAGACUAAGCUAGAAUACAAAAAUACUUUUCAUGUAAAGAUAACCUGUCAAGAUGACUUCCAGCUUGUUUUCAAUUCAGCUAAUGUAAACAAGCAGCUCUUAAGUGAUUCAAUCAUAUCGUCCAUUGGUAUUGUGUUUUUGCACAUUAUACCACUGAUAUGUCUAUUGAACAAUAAGCUACAACCGAUUAAAUCAAUAAUUAAUUAAAUCAAUAAUUUUGUUCCAUGUGAUGGCUUACAAUUGAAAUUUACAACAGCUGACUUUUCUAAGAACUGAAAAGGCUUUUUAUUCCGUAGGGAGUAAAAAUGCUACUUUAGAUCCACAACACAUGUAUUAAAAAUGGCUAUUAUUAUGUUGCAUUAUUAAAAAAAAAUUUUUUUAGUGGUCUAUAUUAGCUCUUGGCGGGCCCUGAAGUCAUUAGUUUUUGACUUAUUUGCAAUACAAUUUUUGCCUCUCUUGAAAAAAAACCACGUUUUCGGAUGGUUUUUAAAUAAAAUCAAACCCAUAGAAGAAAAAAUUAUAGCUUAUGAAGAUAAAACUAAUCCACAAAGGGUAGAUUUUGAAAUAGAGUAGUUAUAAGUAGAACCUAAAUCCAAUUUUCAUAAAAAUCUGUACUGUAUGGGAUUAAUACAGUUACACUUUUUGUUACCGUCAUUGACUAGACCAUAAGAGACCAUUGUAAGCCUUGUUGGUAUAAACUAAGCUACUGGCUGUGAUAAAUUUGUAUGUAUUUAUUUAUUAAUAACUGAUAGAGGGGAUUUUGUAAAUAUUGAAAUAGUUGUAUUAGGCCUAUAAUAUUUGUGUGUGUUUUUUUGUUCAUGAUUUGUCUAUUAAUUGUCUAGCUUAAGCAUUUUUUACCAAAUUGUAAUUUGUGUUGACACUAGUUCUAUUUAAACUAUAACUAACAUUGCCUUGCCUAUUUUGUAUCAUGUAACUUAGACUUUAGGAGGCCUAAGUCUCUUGAACAAUUGGGACUCUUUUAAUCCUUACUGUUGCGUUAAAACUUCCAUAUUAUAUCAUGUUAGAGUUAAACACAGAAUAUACAGGGUGGAAAAAAGUCCCACGAAAGUUAAAUAUAUCAUGAAAUAAUACAGAUAGAGCUACAAAAGUCAAAACUUGGUUCAACGUCGAUGUAAGAAGGUAUUCAACAUUAUUCCAACAAUAUUACUUGGUACAAUGAACAACCUCAAUAUAAAUCUAAUACAGACAUGAAAACCAUAGAUAACAUAAUGUGAAUUCAACUGUACUAAUGGCCAAUUUCAAUUUAUUCUAUGGCAAUAAUUUAUAUUUGUUAGGAGAUUGUUUUGUUUUUUGCUAUUUGCACUCUUUUUACCAGUCAGCCUAUGGUAGGUAAUGGCUGGCUUAAAAAAGAACUUAAGUCCAUGGGAUUGUAUUUUUCCCCCUCCUGGAUAUAAUUAAUAUUGUAAUGUUGAGAUAUUUGUUUUAGUUACGAGUGUAAAGUUUUUGUUUGAUGAUGAUUAUUUAAAAUAUUAUACGCUAAUAAUUAAGUUUUGAUUAUGUGUUUUUUUGCAAUUUAUAUACGUUUUUAACCACAGUUGUACGUUUUAUUUGGCAAAUGCAUAGGACUACUGUUGAAGUAAAUUUUGUUUAUUGUGUGAUGAAAUAAAACUGUUAAUCUUUA